AUGGCCUGUCUGGGUUUGUCAGUAUCUAUUCGUGUCUGUUCGUGUAUCACCGUGAACGUGCGUAUGUGUAUGUUAUAUGGGUUAGUUAAAUGCAUAGAUCGGGAAAAUAAAGGAGAUGUAGGAAUGCGGAUUUGUGCUUUGGGAGUAGCGCUGGAUCAACGAAAAUGCACAAUGCCAAAUCAUUCGGGAAUUCUCAGGACAUUCCAGAGCAUGGGCGUGUGUUUAUACAUAUAUACAUUUGCGAGCAUUAAUCGAUAUGACGGUAGUCUGCUGGAUAAUCGCCAGCUGCACAUUGCACACCCUUCAUGUCCUUCCUCUUUGUUUGCACCUUUCUUCACUUGCCCUACUAUUUUUAAGUGUGCGUGUGUAUGUGGUGUGUAUGCGGGGGUGUCUCGCGUCACAUGUACGCUUGAUUUACGUCAUCCUAUGAUAGAAUUCAGUUGUGAACAUUUGUGGAUGAUGUGA